GUCUACGACUAGCUAUCAAACCCAGCAAACAUAUUGAAGUUAAAAAUAAAGAAAAAAACAGAGAAAGGAAGCGAAAAAAGUCCUUUUUUUCUGGGUUUUGUUCGCCUUUAACAAUGAACAAAGGCAUGGUUUUUGGCGGUCGUGCGGCGUGUUUUCUGCCUAUAAUCUUGGUACUAUGUUUAACGAGGAACAGUAAUAUAUUACCGGUUGCUGAAGCUAUAUGGUUAACGAUUCCAAGUUCAGGAACCAAGUGUGUUUCCGAGGAGAUCCAGAGCAACGUUGUCGUUUUAGGUGAUUAUUAUGUGAUCGAUGAAAACAACCCUGAUCAUAUCCCCACCAUCUCUGCCCGGGUAACAUCCCCUUUUGGGAACAAUCUUCACCACAAUGAAAAUGCAACUCAUGGUCAGUUUGCAUUUACAACCAGUGAGUCAGGCAAUUAUCUAGCUUGUUUCUGGAAGGAUGGCAGUCACCAAAAGGAUUCCGAACUAACUUUGGGAGUUGACUGGAAAACCGGAAUUGCUGCCAAGGAUUGGGAAUCAGUUGCAAAGAAAGAGAAAAUAGAGGGUGUUGAACUUGUUCUUAGGAGACUUCAAGGAAUAGUGGAAACCAUUCGCGGUAACCUAAUCUAUCUCAGAGACAGAGAAGCAGAUAUGAGAGAAGUAAGUGAAGCAACAAAUGCUAGAGUGGCAUGGUUCAGUAUCAUGUCCCUUGGUGUCUGCAUCGCGGUUUCGGUUUUGCAGAUAUGGUAUUUGAAGCGUUACUUUGUAAAGAAGAAGCUCAUCUAGAUUAUAUACACAAGUAGUUUGUGAAGCAAAGUUAAAAAUGUCUUUGAAGAACUAGAAAAAGGAAAGAUAGAAGAAUUCACUUAAUUCUUGCUGUACCAUUGACUUCCUUUCAUUUCCUGCUGAUUUGGGAAUGAAGAUUGGUGAUGGUUUAUUGUUCAAUGGUCAUAUGAAAGUCUUCUUUUUUAAAUCUAA